AUAAAUUCAAAAUAAAAAUAAAUUAAUUCGUUCACAUCAAGCCCGCCCAGUUUCGGCCCAUCUAUGAUAUGGAUCAGGCCCAAGUCUCUAAACAAAGCCCGAACGUUCUAUAGGCCGCCGGCCUCCCGCGCAAAUAGCAGUUACUAAUGUUGACACAGUAACGGUUUCCGUUCCGUCGGACGUCUAUCGGUUCAUCUUGAUCGGCAAGCCACUUUUUUGCCGAAUUAAUUUAUUUUUCGAAUUGGCUCGACUCCCGAUGGUUCGUCUGUCUUCCAUUCGGCAAUUCCCCUCUCAAUUAUUCGUCACUCUGUUCACGAGUCGGUUAAUUUUCCAUGGAGUUCAGGUACAGAGCCGGCGACCGCAGGUCGCCGCCGGGGGAGUCCUCCUUCCACGGGCCAUCACACUUCGCCGCCGCUGUGCCUCAUCCGGCAAUUCGAGGUGUUCCGCCGAGCGUACAACUGAUGACGGACGAGACGCUGCACCGGGAACUGGAGAAGGCGCGGGUGUGGCAGGAGAUACUGGCGGAGGAGAUCGAGCGGCGUAAGGAGGUUAUGAGGGCGGUGUUGCGUCGGCAGAUGAUCGGGGAGAGAGAUCCGGAGCCAUCAAUUUCGCACGUGGCAGUCGACGGCGGAGUCGGGCGCCUGACAUAUCCGGUACGGCCGCCGGAGCGCCGUUUCAUUAUUCCUUCUCCGAUACCGACGACGCCUGAGGUCAGGCCUCCUUCUGCCUCGGUCGCGGAACCUAACAAAGCGGAGAAGGUGCCGGACCGGAUUCGGGACCUCGGACAAGAAAACAAGAAUUCCGAUCUCGGAGGCUGGAAGCAUGAGGAAUUUGAGGCGGGGGAGAAACCCAAGGAAGAUUUAAGGUGCGUGGUGUGCCAGGUAAGUGCUACUUCUCAUAAGCAAAUGAUCGAACACCUUGCGGGCAAGCAGCACGAGGCCAAAUCUCGCUAUUUGGUAGGGAGGACAGGGAAGAGAGUUGGUUCCCAGAUGCAGAAGAAUCAUGGGAAGCGUGAGAAGUUCAGUAGGAAGUGAAGCCAUUGGGAGAUUAGAAUGUAGAACGUGACCGUAACUAUUCUGUUUGUUUAUAGUCUUUCUUUCCCUUAACUGUAAUCUUUUGGUAGUAGUAAUGGGCAGGCAGACUCCGCCAUUUCCUUCCUCCUGUCUUCUUUCUUUUUCAUCACAAGAAGCGAACAGCAGUAACCACCAAAAGAAGGAAACUUUACAUUGCCACAGCCAAUCAAACCACCUUUGACCU